UUGGCAUGGUUAGGUUUCUGUUGGGUCCACAACUUGCUCUCGUCGACGGCAGGACACUGGCCGGGGACCACGAAGUCCGGGAUCUUGUCAGCAGCGACGGCGGCCACGAGAAGCCGCUUCUGCCUCGCACCAUGAACUCGCUGGCCAUCCUGCUGGUCCUCGUGGCCGCCGUCGCUGCUGACAAGAUCCCGGACUUCGUGGUCCCCGGCCAGUGUCCUGCCGUCGACGAGAGCAAGUUGUGGACCGAACAGGUCCCAAACUUCGCCAACUAUGCCGGCGUCUGGUACGAGUUCGCACUUACUGACAACCCUUAUCAGCUGAUCAACACCUGUGUCCGCAAUGACUAUUCCUUCGACGGUAAACAGUUUGAUGUGUCAUCAACGGGCGUGACUGCUGACGGCAGCCUGUUGAAGCGCAACGGGAAGGUGUACCCCAACCCCCUCGGUGAACCUCAUCUCACCAUCGACUACGAGAACUCGUUUGCCGCCCCGUACGUGAUCCUGGACACGGACUACACCAACUUCGCCUGCUUGUACUCCUGCGUCAGCUUCAACUUCAAUCAUCACACCGACUUUGCCUUCAUCUUCACCCGCUCCCCCAGCCUGGAUGACAAGUUCGUGAAGCGGUGUGAAGCUGCCUUCAAGAGCAUCAAUGUUGACACUUCCCGCUUCACCAAGACGCCCCAAGGAUCAUCUUGCAAUUAUGAUGUACAGAAAACUCUUUAAUUGUCUUUGCCGAGCGAUUUUUACAUAACGUCAUGGUAACAUUUUUGUAGUUUGCGAAUAAUAAAUUUAUACAAAAAGA